UUAUACUACUGCUAUCACUUUCGUCAUCAGUACUACUUGCUGAACAGCAGUGAAGACAAUCUGACAGGUCGUCGAGAUAAAACUCACCAACACUAUCCUUUUCAUUCAUCUUUAAGGGCUAAAUUUUAGAGAAAAGCAACGAUUAUCUGAAUACAGAAUUCGAAAUGCUUGCUGCUUGCUACUUGUCAGUCUAACUUAACCAAAUCUAACGGAAAAAACAAAAGUCGAUUAAUCGACGACCGGUCGUUAAGCGCUGUGGAAUAAAAGUCGAAUAAUCGACGGCCGGUCGAUAAGCGCUGAGAACAAAACGUCGAUUAAUCGACGGCCGGUCGGUAAAGUGUUAAUUUGUUGUAUUUCGUACUUUUCUGUAUUCUAUUGUUAUUAUGUAAAAUAUGUUGAAUAUCACAUAUUUAAUAGCCCGAAAUUAUUAGAAAUUUAUGUGACAUCAGCAACUAUGUUUGCAGAAACUUCGAUAGGCAUUUCAUUGCAAGAUGCAGGUUCUUCUCAUGAAGAAUAUCGUCAUACGGUUCAAGAUAUAGGCAAAUUUAUGUUCAAAAGAUUUUUCAGACCAUGGCUUUAUAAUGAAACACUAUUCAAUUUAACGUCAACUGGUAGGGCGCAUAAUAAAUAUCUCAACAUCUUGCACUCAUUCACCAGAAAAGUGAGUAGCCGCAAGCAUGUUAUUUACGUUUUUAGGAGAAGUGACUAUUGUGUCAAUAAAAAGUAAUAGUUUAUACUAAUGAGACAAUUAAGAAAUAGUUAUACAUA